AUGUCGAGUUUUAAUUUUCAAUUUGGACUUAUCAACCCAAGUUUGAGUGAGCUACUCAAAAUCAGGUUCUGUUUGGUAGGGCGUAAAACAUUUUCACUGAAAAGUGUUUUCCCAUUUUACAUUAUUUGGUUUGGUUUUUUGAUCAAACAAAAUAAUUCAAACUCCAAAAAAAACAACCAAAAUGCACUCCCACCUCUUCUCCACCAUCUUUCUCAUCAUCUUCCUCACCUCACUUUCCACCACCUUCUCACAACCCCACCACCUCCUCAAAGCACCUUCUUCCGAGCCAACACCACCGCAACCGAAUCCAUCCAGUUGACCCCGUUUUUGGGUUCCUUUUUGGAUGGAGAAAGUCAUACUUUUGAGCUAGGGGUGGCUAAUUCGCUUAGUUUUUGGUUGGUUGAUGCGAAUUUGCAUGUUUGGGUGGACAAGAAUUCAACUCAGGUUGAGGGGAUGGUGGCUGUUAGUGAGCCAUCUGAGUAUGAAGAGUCGCGGGAGUACAAGUUCAAGCAAUUGGAUGGAUCAUUUGAGAUUGAAGCUGAGAGAACGAGUCAAUCUUCUGGAUGGGUUAAUUGUAGUACUGGUAAUUUUACCACUAGUAUAACUCAGAAAUUGAAAUACAAGAAUUCGAUCGAGUUUCAAGGAGCUGGUACACAAAAGACUGUUGAGCAGAAGUUAAAGGUGAAAACAGAAGUGAGGGUGGUAGCAGAAGACGGCACAGUGGUCUCUUUAAGAACAUCAAAACGUCAAUAUCCACUUCAGAUUGUAACUUCAACGAUCCCUGGACCGGAGAUAGAUACAGAGGUGAUGACUACAACCAUAUCAAACGAAUUGAAAGUGAAGUCCUCUGAUGGGAAUGUGAAAACAACUCUUCAAAACACUCAAGAGUCAGAGGGUUCAAUGAUGGUAAAGGAUCAUUCAGUUCUUUCCGGUAGAGCUGUAACUCGUCAAACUUUGAGCUUGAAGGGAACUAGCUGCUUUUCAAGGAGCGCUGAAGCAGCUGAGGGGAUACUUCUGAGGGAUGAUUCAAUUGUUGCUUGCUCCAAUCUCAACAAUGAUCACAAUGAUUUAUUGAGCGCUUGGUAGACUUACAGAACUCUUGAUUUUGCAUGAUUAUGGAAGAUUUUGAAGCUUCACUGUUAGAACAAUAAUGUAUCAUGUGGCCAGUGCUUAGCUUUUAUAUUCAUUAUUUAUGCACUCUGGCUAUCAUGUCUCCUCUUUACCUUUGUAAAUUACAUUACUUGUAUCUUUGUUUCUGUUUGUUUGAAUGUGUGUAGUGUGCUACUGGUUUUUUAUACCUGUUGUACUUUUCCCAUGUAAUGAGUUUCUUUUGGAGUUUGAGGAAUGAAGUUUUAUACUGCCAUAUGUUGCAAUGGCUGUUUUUCAAACUCAUUUUCUUGCGAUAUGAUCAAACAUUGCACACUUUAUAUUACUGUCUUUACUGAAUUUUACUUUUCUCGACUCUCCUUUAAUGUAUACAAACCAUUUGAAUCGCGAGGAGUAUAAGCAAUCUCUUACAGGUUAGUUAAUG